AUGGCCACCUCCACCACGAACAAUCUCUCACACUCACUAUGGCAUGUAGCCUACCCAGCGCCCAGAAGCACGCCUACUCUCAUUCGCCGAGAACAAGUUCUGAAGAUGAUGAAGCAAGGCGCAGAUUCUUCUAGCAGGGACUUUGUUCUUGUCGACUUGCGUGGCAACGAUUACCAGGGCGGCACUAUUCGCGGUGCGAUAAACCUUCCUGCGCAAAGCUUGUACCCUACCAUACCCACACUCUAUUAUCUCUUCAAAGAUUCAGGUCAAAGGAAGGUAAUCUGGUACUGCUCUUCUUCAAAAGGACGUGGUACCCGUGCCGCAGGUUGGUUCGCCGACCAUAUAGCGAAUCAAGGAGAUGCGCAGAUGGAGAGCCUCGUGCUUCUUGAUGGCGUUAAAGGAUGGGCAACGGCUGGCGAUGAGUACGUGCAGUCGAUGAUUGCAUAUGACGCCAGCGUCUGGUCGGCAAAACAGUAGUCGUUGCUCGCUGU